UGCGGCGUAGAGAGAAGUCUCGUGGGUGACGUGGGUCGCGGGGCGUUCGUUCAGUUCUUCAGUGUUGUAUCGGCCCCGCUGAAAAGGUGUGCGUCCAUCGCGUGACGAUCGAGUGAUCUUUUUUUUCGUUCUUUUGCAAAAAAAACCAGCUCUUUUGGCUGGGCGUUCCGAGAAUUAACAAAAAAAACUUCAAAUAGUCAUAGAGUCGGGGAUAAAGGUGUUUAACAUUAAUAUUUCCGAAAUUUGACGUGUGGAAAGUUCGUUAACAAAAGGCAGCGUUGAUGAUUGGGAUUCCGCGUGACGACCGGCACAAAAUCACGGUUAAGAUCCGUAACAACAUGAAGAGAAGCUCCAGUCGUGAUACUCCACCGCCUCGCGUCAAGAGAACGAGAUCUUCGAUGGGGCGAUACGACGAGUCGAGCGACGAGCGAAUAACUCCUGAGAGAAUGAGGCGUCGCAGCAGAGGAGCCCGGAGCCCGAGUUUGCCGCCCCGAGGAUCGUCACACGCUCGUUACGUGGAGACAAAUUCCCACCGGGAAGAUUACCUGCGCGCAGCAUCGCGGGAGUUGCCGCCGGAGCGCGGGUACAGCUACAAAGUAUUGUGCGUGAGUUCGAUACACUCGAAAGCGAGCGACGAGAUAAUAAAGGAAACGAUUUACCGAGAGUACAAGAAAUUCGGUGACUUCUCGAUAAAGAUAUCGCACGAGCUGGACGAGAGAGUGGCCUUCGUUUGUUUUAGAAAUUCUGAGGACGCGCGCGACGCGAAACACGCUAAGCCGAGAAUAAUGAUGUACGAUAAGGUAGCGAUCGUGGAGCCGGUGUACGAGCGGCCGGAGACUUACAGGAGGCCGAGGUCGAUGACGCCGCCGGAGUACGAUCGUUACUACGCGAGGUCGCCGGGUCCGGCGGAGCGACACCGGCCGAUCGAGCGUUACGAGAGAGUGUACGGGCCACCGGUUGGUCUACCGCCGCACCGGGAGCUCCGGAGGGAGGCGAUUCCGCCGCCGCACCACGAGUUCGUCCGGCCACCGAUGCACCACGGGCCUCCGCACCCGCACCACCCCGGAGGAGGGCCGCCGCAUCAUUACGGAGGGGGUCCCCCGCGUCACAUGAUGAUAAGGCACCCGGUGCACGGUUUCGAGAGGAUCGAGAACAAGAAGGACAAGUUCCCGAACUACCUUCACCACGUGCAGCCGGAGGACGAUCCCCUGGCGACGAGGACUCUGUUCGCGGGGAACCUCGAGAUCAACAUAACCGAGGAGGAGCUUCGCCGCAUAUUCUCAAAGUACGGGAUCGUCGACGACAUCGACAUAAAGCGGCCCCCGCCCGGGACCGGGAACGCCUACGCUUUCGUUCGCUUCAACACCCUCGACAUGGCCCACCGCUGCAAAGUGGAGCUCUCGGGUCAGUACAUCGGUAAAUUCCAGUGCAAAAUCGGCUACGGGAAGGCGACACCGACCACGAAGAUUUGGGUCGGAGGCCUCGGACCGUGGACCUCGAUACCGCAGCUCGAGCGGGAGUUCGAUCGGUUCGGUGCCAUAAAGAAGAUCGAUUACGUCAAAGGGGAGAGCUACGCUUACAUUUUGUACGAUUCCAUCGACGCGGCGCAGGCCGCGGUCAAAGAAAUGCGGGGUUUCCCCCUCGGCGGCCCGGACCGGAGGCUCCGAGUCGAUUUCGCCGACGUCACGCAGACGACCGGCUACAAGCCACGGGCUUAUCCCCCCGAGGACGGUCCUGCCGGUGAAUUCCGUCAGAGGCCGCCCCAGCUCGACUACGACGCCUCUCCCUACGACGGCUAUCCCCCCGAGCCGGAGUUCUCGUACGGGCCCAGAACCGGUGGCAGCAGCGGCGGCGGGGGUUUCCGGGGCCGAGGCAGCUCCGGGGCCUCGUGGCACGAGCGGCGAGGCGGCGGCGGCGGUGGCGGGGCUUCCCGAGGCGGAGCUACGUCCAGCGGCUACCGCGGGGCUUACCCGGAGCCCGGAGCUUACCCGCGGGACGAUCCUGAGUGGCCGUCCCGCAGGCCCCCACCGGAGAUCGAGUACGAGCCCCCGCGCGGGAUCCGGCGUUCCCUCUCCCGGGAGCCCGGCGUCGACCGCUCCAGGUCUCGCUCCCCCCGGCGACGGGCUCACCUCGACUCGGACUCGGACUCCGAAACCGCGAGGACCGGGAUGCUCUCGAGCUCCCGGACCCUCGCCGAGGUCGCGAGGAAGUCCAUCGCCGUCUGGCAAGGCGCGCUCAUACUCAAAAACUCCCUCUUCCCGGCCAAGUUCCACCUCACCGACGGCGACACCGACAUCAUCGAGGCCCUCAUGAAGGACGAGGAGGGCAAACACAUGCUCCGCAUCACCCAGAGACUCCGACUCGACCAGCCCAAGCUCGACGACGUUUCCAAGCGCAUCCAGACCUCCAGCUCCCACGCCAUCUUCCUCGGGCUCGCCGGAUCCAGCGCCGCCAUCACCAACGACGAUGCCAACGUCCAGACCCGACCUCUCAGGAACUUGGUCUCUUAUCUCAAACAAAAAGAAGCCGCCGGCGUCAUCUCCCUCCUCAACAAAGACACCGAGGGCACCGGAGUCCUCUACGCUUUUCCGCCCUGCGCCUUCUCCACGGAGCUCCUCAAGCGCACGUGUCCGAGUCUCAGCGAGGAAGGCCUCAAGGAGGAUCAUCUCGUUAUCGUCGUCGUCAAGGGCGGUAGCGCUUAAAGCCUCCCACGAACCUCCUUCCUCGUUCGCUCCUCGCUUUCGUCAUCCUCCCAACGAGCCUCCUCGCUCUGCUUUUCCUUUUCCUUUUCCUUUACCUUUUUUUUUACUCCCUCGUGACCAAUAUGUUUUUUACAAUAUUCAAAUCGUUCCGCUCCAUUUUUUUUUACUCUGGCAUCGAUGCCGAAAUUACAGUCGCGGAUCGAAUUACAUUUUAUAACGAGAAACGCCCGGCUAAACUUUCUCGAAAUGUCUUAAAACGAGCUCGUAUUCAACAAAGCCCCCCGACACUUUCGUAAUCUCUCGACGAAACUAAAUAACCUCCAACUUUUUUAUUUACACUUGAAUCAUCUUCAAACCACUCGAGUCGACUAAAAACUUAAAAAUCAUCGGAAAAGCCUAGCGAGAAAUAGUGAGAACGAAUAAUCCAGAAUCCUCUUUAAAUACGUGGUGAAAAAAAGAACUUUCGUGCCGGGGGUGGGGGAUGGAAAAAAGCAUGAAAAAAUUAACGUUGUCCAGUUACAAAAGCGAGAGCAAAGCCUAAAUUUAGUUACUGAAAAAUGAAAUUUGUAUUAUUCCUCAUACAUGUAUAUAUAUACAUACAUAUAUAUAUAUAUAUAUAAAUAACAGGUGAAUAUUUCCUUUGGUGUACUAAUGCACUAAAAGAAAUAUGUAGAUUCUCGUGUGUCGUAAGUUUUCAAAAGUAAGUGCUUGUGUCGUAAAAGUUAUCGAAAAAUUGUGAGAGUUUUCAAGGAGUGCGAAGUAAACAAAAACGAGAGAAAGAAAGAGAGAGAGAGAGAGAGAGAAAAAAAAAGAGAAAGAAAGGCAAAAAAAAAGGAAGAAAAAUUGGUGCGCUCUGGUGAUGGCCCGAUUGACAAAGAAAAGUUAAAAUCGUGAGUGUAGGUCGAGAAAGAUGAAAACAAAUCGACUCUUUCCACGCGAAUCAAUGUUAGUUCGUUGUUUUUUUCUAACGUAACGGUUGAGUGAACAGUGGAAUCGAUUUGUUUCGUUGCUCUUCUCCACAUAUAUAAUAUAUAUAUAUAUAAACAUAUAUAUUUUUUUUCUAAGGAUAAAAUUUAAGUGACUAGUGAACUAGUAUGAUUUUUUUUUAGCGUUUAAAGUUAUGUGAUUAGUGAACUUUUAGUUGUUAUCGUAAAGGGGCUGAUGAUCGAGGGGAGGAAAUAAUGAAGGACGAGAUUGCGAAGGUGGACGAUGUCGAUUUAUUUCGAAUGGGAAAUAAUAAACAGGGGUGAACGCUUUUGAGGAAUCUGUGAAGACGCGCUGCUCUCGGGAAAAGAAGAGAGGUUAUGUCGCGGCCAAGUGCGGAAGCUCUGUGAAAAUAUACUUGCAUUAAAUAAUUCUCGAGGGAAAAGAUAACGAAUAUAAUGUGUACAGUGAUGUAUUAAAACAGUGUCGGUGUUCUCGUCAACGGGUGGAAGAUCGGAAGCUCUCGAGCACACGCGAAAAGUGGGAUCUUCGAUUUUUUUAAUUAAAAAUCAUGUUGAAAAUGAUGAGGAAUUUGAUAACAGAUGAGAUGCUUUCGGAAAAAUAAGGUUAUCCGAGGGUCGGAGUGCGAUAAACUGUUCCGAUCUACCCCCGUCGACGAACCAAGGUGCAGUGGAACAAAGUGUACUACUAAAGCCCACGUGUUUGAGAAAAACAAAUAUAACGAAAUUGAUGCGACUGACGCAGCGAAAAAAACAAGAAAAAUCGAUUGGGUUAUAAUUUUCACACUCGUCCACAUGUAUACACGAAAUAAUACGAGAUUAAUUAUCGAGUUUAAAGUUUGAUGGUUCCGACAACUCGCGGGGUUGACGAAACGACAGCAUGCGUGAUUUGUGACUUAAAAUGCUCUAAAUAAUGCUCUUUCUCACGAAUCCCUUGGGGAAUAAGGAAAAUAUAAGUUGCGCACUCGAAAGCUCACGUCUCCGUGGUUUUACAACGGUUGCAAGUUCCUCGCUAAAGUUUUUCGUUCUUUCGUCACGUUUUUGCAAUUAUUUCGUCCAGUGCAGUUGCCUGUGAAGCGAGAGAACUAAGGAAAUAAUUGUGCUCUGUGAGUUUGUUCCGGAACGGCGACGAGAUGCAUUCCAGAUUGUUGGUUAAUUGUUUUUUUGACGUGGCUAAUCGGUUGGUUACAUUCAAAAUUGCGGUUUUGCGUUGAGUUCUCUUGUGCACUGUGAUCAAGUCGGUGUGAUUCGUGUUUUUUAAAUAUUUCUAUAUUUCAUCCGAUUUUUGACACUUCCGGUGAGGAAAAAACGCUCACGAGUUUUUGUUUGUGAUUUAAAAAUGAAAGUAACGAAGAUAAUUUUGAUCGAACGGAAUUUUUUGACGCUUUUUCACUCGAUCUCGACGCUCCUCCGCGAGUUUUUUCACACUCUGUUGACUCCAAGUUGAUCUGGCAGCCUUCGAAGCCCCUUCAAAAUUCCGAAAAUCGAAGUGGCACUAUUCUGUGGUCGUACGUACGUUUCUCUUCCUCCACUCCGGAAGGUUAGCUGCGGCUCUUGUGCGGUGGUAAGUUCCGAAAAACAUUCCCGAAAGUUCUGUUACAGGAUCGCUCCCGGAGUCCGUGACUGCAACCACUCCGACUACUGCGACUCAUCGCCGAGCCACUGAAAUCGCGAGUUCUUCGCUACCGGACGGCGAACAAACAAACAGCAACAACGGAACAUGGCUGAGCGUUGAGGCCAUUUUGUACACGAGUUAAAUUUCAAUAAAAUUUUUAUUAUUUUCCAUA